AUGAACAAUUAUCGUAUGGCCUACUUGAAUCAUAGCCGGAGACUCGCGCCGACGUUCCGGAGGCUAACACCACCGCUGAUAAGGAGGAGGAGGUCAGUUAGCACCUCGAUAUAUGACAAGAACCCGGAGGACCAUGCUCACCCAACUGUGGUUCCUGAUGAAGUAAUCCAACCCAAGUCCGACCAAUACUGGGCUCCACACCCUAAAACUGGCGUGUUUGGCCCUGCAAUGGAGCAGAAUCCUGCAGUAGAGCGCAGUUUCCAUAAUUCCACUGUGAGUACCACCACCGCAGCCGAGGACUCUGUUUUGGAGCAGAAGACAUUUUUCCGUCCACAUGAGGACUUGGAGAAGCCACCCCCUCAACCUUGA